CUCUCUCUCUCUCUCUCUCUCUCUCUCUCUCUCUCUGUUCUAUUUCUGUAAAAUUUAAUUUUCCAUCGCUCCUCUGGUUCUGCGACGAAGCACCAACCAACCCAGAAGAAACUCACACACAUCCAUUCAUCAGGCCAUGAUUUUCACUUCCCCAAAUUCACCGGAUUCGUAAAUGCCCGAUUCGCUUCUCUGUUAUAUGUUUUCAUUGCAUUCUCUCCUCAGUUUUCCUUCCUUUUGCUAUCAGGGGGGAUUCUUUCCCUUUCUGCAUGGAAUUGGAAACAUUCACGUUAUGUCGUAGUCGUGUGUUUAGUUUUUUGAUUUUCGGAAUAUUUCAGCUUCUCUGCGACUCGGGUGUUGCUCGAAUCCUGUUUUAAGAGGGAACCAAUUGUGAAAUUGCUUUUUGUUUCCAUGUGGGUCUGCUCCUUUGUACGCCCAAUUAUUCGAUUGAGAAUGUAAUGUAAUGAUGGCGAGAGGUGUUGAGCCGGGCGAUGGUAAAUUGGUGCAAUGAGCGUGGAAGAUGAAGUGAUUGUAUAACAAUGGAGACAAGGGAAGAUGCUGAAGUGGGGGACGAUCGGCCUCCCUCGCCAAUCUGGGUGUUGCAACAUUUCUCCGAGGAGGCGUUUAGGGUGGCCGGAGAAGCUAUCAAUAGUGUGUAUCAUGGGGGCCAGGAAAUGGGGGUUGGACAUCGACGCGCUCGGAGUGAAAUUCCCAGGGCCAAACACAGACGAACCAACAGUUUACAGAGAUUGAAAUCCCACAUGCAGAAGGCUUGGGGAUGGGGGAGGGACACACGGGAAGAUGAUUACGCCUUCUAUAGUUUCGAUCCUGAGAUCAUGGCUAAUCAAAAACGUCAGUGGUAUCAGUUUCACUCCAAAUCUCUGGACCAUGUAUACCAGGAGCCCACCUCUCUCUUUGAGCACUUCAUUAUUGCAGGGCUCCAUCCAGAUACUAACCUUGAGAUUGUGGAAAAUGCAUUUGCUAAAAGGAAAAAGUGGGAGUUAGAAAUGAAAAAUAAUGAGAUGAUGGAUAUGAAAAUGCUGGAGAAUAGAGGGCCAUCACUUCCCCUGCUGGAACCUCAGAUACUUUUUAAAUAUCCACCUGGGAAGAGGCUGCCAAUGCGUCUGAAGGACUUGUCUGCCUUUUGUUUUCCUGCAGGUGUUAAGGCACAGUUGAUGGAGAGGACUCCAUCACUCAGUGGUCUGAACGAAAUUGUUUAUGGUCAGGAACAUUUAAACAGAGAUGAUCUGGCAUUUAUUUUUUCUCUUAAGGUUGCCAACAAUGCGACUCUUUAUGGCGUAUGCUUACAUGUGCUAGAAAUCGUUCAGAGGCCACCUGGUAUUCUAGGCAUCUCAACUUCUCUUGCUCAUUCUCCUGGAGUAUGCAGCCGUUUUUUGGUUUCCGCACCUCGCUGCUAUUGUCUCUUAACAAGAGUACCCUUUUUUGAGUUACAUUUUGAGAUGUUGAACAGUAUGAUAGCCCAGGAACGUCUGAACCGGGUAACUCAGUUUAUUAGUGAGAUUUCUCUCACUGAUUAUGUCCCAACGGAAUCAAGACCAAAUCAACUGAAUGAGAAUGUUGACUCUCCCAAAAGGGAGUCCUUCAGUGAUUGGAUGACAUCUGCAAUACCUAUCGACAGUGCAGUGGCUCUUACUGCUGCUGCUGCAGGAAUUAUAUCUGAUGAUAAGAUCCUAACGCCUUCAGUGAAAACGUUGGAGCCUCGAACUCCUGGAAGUAGUACAACUAGCGAGGCUACAGAGUUGAGUCAAAUGGAAAGAACAAAUGGAAGCUGUGAGAGUGGUCGUCUCUCUAUAGGGAGAUCUUUCUCAUCAAGGCAUCGCGCAUUAGAACGCCCGGGGAGUUCUGAAUCGCUAUUCAGUCCAGUUAGAAGUAUGGUUUCAGAAGAUGAGGAUGAUGAUCUUUUUCCAAAUUCUGAAAAGGAAUUUGGUGAUGACUUAAUAAUGGAAUGGGCAAGGGAGAACAAGUAUGAUGUUCUGCAAAUAGUUUGCGGAUAUCAUUCUCUUCCUGUUCCUGAACGAGGAUGUGAAUUAUUAUUUCAACCUCUUGAACAUUUGCAAACUAUUCAAUAUAGAAGACCUGCAAUUCCAUCGUUUUGUUUUUGUGAAAAAUAUCUAGAUUCAUUAAAUCCAAUUGAGGUUAAAGCAAAGUUGGCUACAGCUGAAGAAGCUCUUGCUCUGUCAAUGUGGACAACAGCCACUAUAUGCCGAGCUCUCUCUCUCGGAAGUGUUAUGCAACUGGUUGCGGGGAUUUUACUAGAAAAACAAGUGUUAGUAGUUUGUCCAAACCUUGGCCUACUUUCAGCUACAGUGUUAUCCCUUAUACCUAUGAUUCGUCCUUUUCAAUGGCAAAGUUUAUUUCUUCCGGUUCUACCAGGAAGAAUGUUUGAUCUCCUUGAUGCACCAGUUCCCUUUAUUGUUGGCACGCACAAUAGACCAACUGAUAUGAAGAUCAAAACGUCUAAUUUAGUUAUUGUUGAUGUGCUUAAGGAUCAGGUUAGAACAUGUCCCUUACCAACACUUCCACAAUACAAAGAGCUAGCCUCCAGACUAGGCCCAAUCCAUGCUCGACUGGCAAACAAGCGCUCAAUUGCCAAAAAGCAUCCUGUAUAUAGGUGCAAUGAAUCUCAGGCCGAAUACGCCGCUCAGUUUUUGAAUAUCAUGAGGCAAUACAUGGAGUCAUUGUGUUCAAAUCUUAGAUCUCAUACCAUAACUAGUGUCCAGUCAAACAACGACAGGGUUUCUUUACUUCUUAAAGAUAGCUAUAUUGAUUCCUUUUCUAUUAAGGACCGACCGUUUAUUAAGCUAUUAGUAGACACACAGCUUUUCAGUGUUCUGUCGGAUUCUCGAUUGUCGAGCUUCGAGAAUGGCUUCGGUGAAGUGAAUGCUUCCACAGCUCCAAUGGCAGAGCUAGAAGUGCACAAGGAUAAGGUGCAGAUAAAGAAUCCCUGAGCCUGAGCCUGAGCCCUACCACUGAUGAGGACAACUGCUGCCUUGCUCAAGUGUUUUUAGCCAAACCAGUUUUGUAACAUAACAUCAAUAGCAAUACUGAAAAUAUCCCAAUUUUUUUAGUUAGGAUAUAUAUAUAUGUAAUGUUGUGAAAUUCAUGUAAAUGUUGGUUACUUAAAUUCAACAAUAAACAAG